CGAGAGAGUGGGGCCAGGGCAAAAUUGGUGGAUUAGGGCUCAACCCACACUGAAAAAUAAUGCGAGGCAGUGCGGGACCAGCAGGCGAGCGCUGUGCGCAGAGAGGGACCCAACUGGCUUGACGAUAUCCACGCUUUUCCAUACUUUCCUCAUCCUCGACAAGUUACUCCCAGUAAAUCAGUCAAGAUGUCUCACCCCGGUGCUCAGAUCUCCAAGCGCAGAAAGUUCGUCGCCGACGGCGUCUUCUACGCCGAACUCAACGAGUUCUUCCAGCGCGAGCUCGCUGAGGAGGGCUACUCCGGCGUCGAGGUCCGCGUCACCCCCACCGUCACCGACAUCAUCAUCCGCGCCACCCAGACCCAGCAGGUUCUCGGUGAGCAGGGCCGCCGCAUCCGCGAGCUCACCUCGCUCAUCCAGAAGCGCUUCAAGUUCCCCGAGAACUCUGUCUCGCUGUACGCCGCCAAGGUCCAGAACCGCGGUCUCUCCGCCGUCGCCCAGUGCGAGUCCCUCCGCUACAAGCUCCUCAACGGUCUUGCCGUCCGCCGUGCCUGCUACGGUGUCCUCCGCUUCAUCAUGGAGUCUGGCGCCAAGGGUUGCGAGGUCGUCGUUUCUGGUAAGCUCCGUGCUGCCCGUGCCAAGUCCAUGAAGUUCUCCGACGGCUUCAUGAUUCACUCUGGCCAGCCCCGCAAGGACUUCAUCGACACUGCCACCCGCCACGUCCUCCUCCGCCAGGGUGUCCUUGGUAUCAAGGUCAAGAUCAUGCGCGGUGCCGACCCCGAGGGCAAGAGCGGUCCCCAGAAGACCCUCCCCGACGCCGUCACCAUCAUCGACCCCAAGGAGGAGCAGCCCGUUCUCCAGCCCAUCAGCCAGGACUACGGUGCUAAGGCCGCCGCCGCCCAGGCCAGCCAGGAUGCUCGCGUUGCUGAGGAGGCUGAGGCCGAGGAGGCCGCUCCCCAAUAAAUUCCUGUUGACGAAAGCGUGAUGGAUGGAGAAGAGCCGGUUUUUAUGAAAUAAAAAAGAAGAACCGAAUUAGGUUAAAAGGCGUCAUUGAUCAUUUGCAUCUAUGAGGGUUUCAUCUGUUAUGUAAUGGUAGCGUACCAUAAAAAAUGAGACAACUUGAUGACAUC